CAUUCACAGCCUACACUGAGGCAAAGUACCAGGAGCACAAGUAGCUGCCUUUCUGGGGGCACAGAUAAGGUAUUGUGUGAGAGAGUCAAGAGUCCCUGACAAGAACAAAAUUAAUGGAUCCUGGAUCCAAAUGUUGGCCCACAGGACACCAGGGUGCUAAGAAAUGGCAGUGAGCUGUCCCACACAAUGCAUUUUUUAUGUAGCUGCCUGUAACUACUCUCUGGAAACAUUCAGUCCCAGGUCCUGUUUCUCUCACUUGUAUGACAGCUGUUGAAGAUACAGAAGUCUUGUUUAUGUUCAUAAAUAGAUUUUUGUAAUCUUUCUGUAAUAGAAUAUGCCAGCACAGUGAACUAACUGGUAUUGUUUUAUAAGUAGUGUUCCUGAAAAAAAUAUUAUUUCUCUGAGAAACAAGAAGGAAAUACCCAGCUCCAGAAACUCAUCUCUUCUUCAGUAAGCAGUCAGUAAUUUCUAAAACCCUGUCAUUUAGCUGCAGAAUAUUUUUAGCACCUCUCAGUGUGACAUACACAGAAUAACAACUAGCACCCAGAACAGCACAGCCAAGGAUAUCAAAGAGACUGCACAGAGAUCAAGAGCUGUUUUCACUGUUGCCUCUUGAAUGCAUGAACCUUACAUAGGAUAGCUCCUAGAAACCUGACAGUACUCCUGGGGAGCUGCUAAGCUUCAUCUUCAAGACUUUCAAGUUUAUCUCAAGGAACAAAAGGUUUUUUAUGAUGAGGUAUCAAGGCAGGACUUUAGGUGUACAGCUGCCAUUCCCAGUGAUUAUUACAGACCCUAAGCCUCCACUUUUCUUUACAGCUAAAAAUCCACAACUCUGGAUUUCAAUGCAAUUUGCAGAUUAUUCUUUUCAGCUCCAUUCUAAGGAUACUCUCCUGCUGGCCUGUGCCACCUCCUUCCCCUUUUGUUCCACAGCAAGCCAGAUGAAGAAGCCUUUUGGAGAAGCUCUUCUCUGUCCUCAUAAUCUUCUUCCAUGGCUUCUUGGUGCUGUCCUGAAAGGCUGCUGCAUUUUCACUCCUAAGGCAGCCACGCCAGUAAAAAACACUGUCCUCGUUGGAAAGAGGAGGAGUCACAGCACAAAGCUACAGUGCCUGCUUCCAAGGCAGGCAGCUCUGCCCAGCCCUGGUCGGAAGGUUACACUUAAGCUACAAAGUGCAGCUAAAAGGGCACAAACCAUAAGCCUUCUUCCCUUUAGGGAAUGCUAAACUGGAAUAUCCAGGGAGGUCCAUGCUUCAGAUAGCAAUCAGCAGCUGCCUUUCGUGUUCGGCACUCACUUGCCUGCCUUCUAAAUUGUAGGCUUAUGUAUUUCCCUGCAGCUCUUCCUGUGCUGUUUUGUUUAGGGUUUUUUUCCCCCAGGUUUGAAAGUUGCUAGGAAAUGGCAGCAGGAAAUCCCUGCGGUCUGCCCUUUGUGGUGAGAAUAACUUUUACCUUAUUAGAUACAAAUUUAUUUAUGUAACAACUGAAAGUAAAACAGAAUGGAGGAGGGGGUGGAGCGUUUGCGCUGUCACUUGUGCAAACUUUAUCCUAACUUCUGUGUCGUGUCGACUUGCUGCUCAGCACUCCAGGAUUUAGAAAGUUCCUGCACACUGGAAGCUCCUGUGCUCUUGCUGGUCCAGUGCUGUUCCCAAGAUGAGUCCUGUGAUCCUGUGCUCAGAAUGAGCCUGAAGGUCCCAAAAUGUAGUUUCCUGAUCCAGAUGCUGUUCUUCUCUUCUGAGUAAUGGUCCAGCAGGCAGGAUGCAGGGGAAGGCACGGCAAACACAAAACUCUGCUGGAGCAUUGAGCAGGCUGCAGGGUCAGAAAACAUACCUGAAAAGUAUUUGUCUGAGGUAUCUGCUUCUGAACAGCCAUUGCUUUUGCCUUUUAAAGAAUGGGAUGGGACUAAUCAUCUUCUUCCUAUGUGCUUAUGUACCAAAGACAGAAGCCAGUCACUGCAAGUGGGCAGAAGUUCUGGAAGAUUUGGAAAGGAUCAAGACAUCCAAAGAUAUUGAUGUCAGUUUAUACACUGCAAAUGCAGAUGAGGAUGAAGAAUGCCAAGAACUUGUAAUGAGGUGUUUUUUCUUAGAGACACAGGUGAUAAUUCAAGAAUGUCGUAUCAAAAAUUGUAGCAAAACACAGGAUGUGUGGAACAUAUGGAAAAAUGGAAAUGAAAGCUUGGAAAAAAAUAAGUUGACUUCCACAAAAUCAGAAAAAUGCAAAGAAUGUGAAGAAUACGAAGAAAAAAAUUUUACAGAAUUUGUACAAAAUUUUGAAAAGGUUAUACAAAGGGAUUGCAAACACUGACCAAAAGACAUAAGCUGGGAAACAAGAUUCUUACAUGAACUCUCUCAGAUAAAUUAGAUAAAUAAAACAGAAAAAAAAUUACAAUCCUCUUGGCUAUCUCUUAAUAUAUCUGUUUCCAUUGUGGUUUUCAGGCACCUCCAUUUCUCUGUCUUCAGCUGAUAAAUGGCUGAGUCAUUCAGCUCUCCACUUACUGGGAAGGAAGUUUCAAUCUCAUUAUGGCUACAAACACACUGCCUGCUUCUCUUUUAUUGUUGGGAUGCUCCCAACAGUCAGUCUUUAGCACUCUGAGGAGAUGAAUCUCCAGUAAACUGCAAGAGGAAGAACAUAAAUGUGAGCAUGUGGGAUGUCAUCUUCCAGGGGACUCGUAAACAAACAGCUUCCCUAAUAAAGGAAGGGCAAAGAGGAACUCCUGAAAAUGUGAGUUGAAGACAAGACAGCACCAGAAGCAGAACCCAAAGAUCUGUGGAUCUCAGAGAAUUAAGCUUUCUGACCUUUUCCUGGCAGAGCUGAGGCAGAUGUGUUGGUGGGACAAUAUCGGCUUUGGAUUUGGGCUGUUUAUAUGGGCUGCCAUUCCCUUCCUCAUCUUCACACAAGCAGCAGCAGACGGGGUAGGGAUGAACUGUUCAGACCAUGGCAAUCAAUCUCUGUCACCUCAGGCACAAGCUAAAUGUGCAGUUUGCAGCACCUACAGGCUCAUGUUGAAGAAAAGUAUGACAUGGCCUGGCUUGGGCAAGCUGUGUGUAUAUACAAGAUGCUGUUUGCAUCCUGCAAUCCUGUUAUCUGUCCUCAUUUCAAUUUGGCAGCAGCUGACUACUGAAGCAGUAGUGCUUGGAAAUUUUAGAGCAGCUGUAUCACAUUUCAGGCCUUGAAGGCAAGUGUAUAUACAAGUGUUGUUAUUUUUAGAAUGCAUUAUCUUAGAGAGUUCACCUAGGACACAUAUUGACAGAUGUCAUACUCGUCAGGAUUGCAUAGAAUUCCAGGUGAAUCCAACCUGUCCCUCAGUUUCUGCUCUAUCAGUCUUCCCAUCUAAGGAAUCAGCUGAUCCACCCCAAACACAGGAAGAUGUGUAGGUAAAACAUGUUGGCUCCUAAUUCUCUCAGACCUUGUUUCCCACCUGCUCAGAUUUUGAGUCCAGCCCUCCUGUCUCUGGCACUUACAGCUCUGCUUCAUAAUCUGCCAUUCCCCAGUCUGUCCAGGCAGAGUUUCAGGACAGGCAGAGAAAAAUCUCAUCAAAUCUGAAGCAGGAGUUAAUCAGGCAUUAGCUUGAGAGGCCCUGGAAAUUCUCAAUAUUCAUCACUGAACAUAACACUUCUCUGAAGGGGAAAAAAGACAGUGAGAAAUAAGAUAUUAUUUAAAAAAUUUAAAAGUUUUGGGGGGGAUAAAAGGGACAAAAUUAGCAGUAAUGACUCUACAGCACUUUGAAUAUUUAAAAUGCAAUAUACUUCAUGCAUUUAUGAGGUUGAUUACAAAAAUCACAAGAACAAGUAAUGGGAAUGUUGUGGGGAGACUAAUCCUGAAACUUGGGAGUCAAAUUCCAAAUGCUUACAAAUGUCUGAGCCUUGAUUUCCACUGUCUGCUAUGAAUUGACCCAGCCCAGUACCAACAGGACUACUUGAACAAAGAAAUAUUCUCCUAUUUAAUAGUGAUUACAUAUCAUGUGCUGUAGUUCUUGCUGCUCUUACUUCUAUAAUUAUGGAGACAUAUUCACGAAUAUUAAGAUUCACAAUUUGUGGUGAUGAUCUAUUUUGAGCUAAUAGGCUAAAUUCAAACAUAGCUGUGUCCAGGUUUCCACAAUAGCCUUCUAAACUUCAAUAUUAGUAGAACUUGCUGUUCAUUACCUGCAAAUGCCCACAACUCGUUUAACCCACUUAAGUGAUACAGAUGUUAGACAUUUCUCUCCUCUGUUCAAAGACUGUACUACCUGCCAUGGAGCCACAUAAAUUAUAAAUCGUAGUUGAUCUCUCAAUGGUCUUAAAUUCUACUUGUAUCAGGAGACUCUCUUUCAGAAUAAAGAAUAGUGCUUCUUGCUGCUGUCAGUUCUGAUAUUAUAGCUAAGAGUCUUGGUGGUGCUAUUUUUUGAAUUGUGACAGGCCUGAAUAUGAGAAGGAAAUUCAAUGGAAUCAUAAUGAUAUUACUUAUUUUGUAUUGAGACAGCACUCAGAAGGCAAGAAAAAGUAGAGGCAUUGCACAAAGACAACAAAGGCAGACAGUGACUGUCCUGAGGAGAUUACAGUCUCAGUAAGAUUUACAAAGAGUAGGGAGUAAAUGACAUCCAGUACUGUGAUUCUCUUUUUGGGUUUACUGAUAAAUGACUGCAUAUCCGACCUAAAUUAUUUUAUUUGACUAAAAAUAUUUCAAAUCACUAUCACAAAGGAAUGAAUUUUGAUAAUCCAACAAACCCUAAACUUCAAGCCUCAGUCAACAUCUCAUACUGAACCAUUACUCUAUCUUCUGGCUUACAUUCAAUGAUGAAUACCUGGGAGUUGUGCUUAAAACAACUUGUUUAAUACUGUUACCCACCUUGCAUACCUUCCAUGUUUAGCAGACUAAAAGAACAUGAAAAAGUUAAUAGCCCAUUUCAGGCAUGCCUGUCCUAAAGAGACAAAAUCAGGCCAAAAGGAACUCUGCUAGUCUUAACAAUGCACAUAUAUCUGUAAAAAGAACCUUUCCAUCCCUUUUCUGUUACCCCUAGUAUAAUAAACAGCACUGCUAGUCCAAUAAAGGCCAUGUUUUUUCCUAAGUGCAAAUAGAGAAAGGUCAGAUAUUUUUUUAUACACAAAAUUUCAUCAAUCUCCUGUGUAAAGGAAAAUGGCUAAUACUGCAGCCGCAGCCAGAUUCCAAUGCUGUUAAACUUCUUGAAGCUCACAAUUACCCCAAGGAAAUUUUUGUUUUUCCAGUUUCAUGAAUGUCUGUUUUCUUUAUGAACAAUAACCAAACAACAACAUGAGCAGAUGGGCCUGAGCAUGUGACUUUAUGGUCAGCAGCAACUUUGCCAAUGCCCUUCGUGAUCCCGGGAGGAAUAAAACCAAAGCAUACAUGAACUUCUGUGCUUUUCACUCUUCACCUCUUGUAUCUCCUUAAAUGCUGGACAAAUCAAAACCACUGAUUUCCCUUAAUGCCUAGGUCAGCAUCUGUUAUGAUUUAAUUAAAGGCUUGCUUUCUGAGGGGGUUUCUCUCUCUGAUAUCCUUCCACUCUGUCGUUUCUUGUCUCACUUCUUAAACUGAAUAAAGUAGUAAGCUUCAGACUUUUAAAAAUAAAAUUUUCUAUUAAUUUCAGCAUUAUUAAAUCAGAUUUCAUUUUCUACAUGUCUUGGUUUAUCUCAGAUGGUCCAACUCCUUACUGAGGUGUGAGGUUUCUCCCUUUGACUUACCUGCUUCUGAUACCUACACACAGCUUAGUCACAUUUAAGGGUAAUUAAAAAUAGUCCAGUCUCAUUCUGUGGCACUGAGCAGUUUGUGAAACGUGAAAACUUUCUAAUUGGCACUAUUUUAUCUCUCAACUCAAUUGCUGUCUUUAUUUUAAAAUAUUUUUAACCAUUUUACUGAUAUCAUCAUAUCAAAGCAUCAAAAUCAAAAGAGUGAUGAGGCUGUGAAUAAGCUGCACUGCUUUGCUUUUCAUGUACCCACAGCUGAAUUCUUUAGAAGGUCCCACUUUCACAGUCAGGCUUAGCCUCUGCCCUCAUUUAUGCCAUCAAACACAGCUGAGUCAAAUUCAACACAAAAUCUUUAUUUUAUCCCUUUUGAAAAAGCAACGUGUGAGAAAAAUCAGAGGACUGUUUGAGUUAUAACCUAAGAUUUCUCAUCAAGAGAAGCUGCAUCAGGAAGCUUUAUAGUCAAAGCAAAAAUUAAACUACCAAAAUAUCUCAUACACCUUUAUGGAAUGUUGUCACCUGAAUCAAACCCCUACCAUGAUUUUCAACAGAAUAAUACUUUAAAAGAAAAUAAAACAAAAUAUUUUAAACUGUAACAGAAAACCCACAACAUCUCUCUACUCCAUUGCCAAAUGUUUUAAUUAAGGUUUGUAGAACAAAUUUGAAAAGGACAGUUUUGUAAAAAAAGGAAUUGUUUUCUCUGGAAGUCCUAUGAAAUGAUCUUGAACCAGAUACCAAUUUCUAGGGUUUGUUGAUUCUUUUACUACGAGUGUUAGUUUUUCUCUGUCACUAAAUAAAACAAAUGGAUGAAAGACUA